AUGAUUGGCCGACUCUUGAGUAGCGCUGUGUCGACUCUGAACCCGGUGACAUACUCUGGACGAAGCAAUGGAACGCCUCUUGAGUCUGUGACCGAAGAGGAACAUACCUCCGGUCUUCUUUUCCCCGACGCCAGCCUCCUUCGACGUUCUCAUACCCAUGCCUUCCCAUUGCAGACGACUUUCAAUUCUCCGAAUGCCUCGACUGCUGGUGCAUAUGAUGAUCGUGGGGGAAUGGAAUUGGAUGCAAUCAAAGAUUUCCGUGUGAUUGUCGCACAAAAUGCUUUGGGCGACCGAGAUGCAUGUGUCUUACUUGACACUCGUGCGUCCGAUUCUUCUCCCGCCGGUCUUGGAAUCGACCCACAAGGCAACGACCAGGCGGGUCUUAGACAUACUCGAGCAGCCUCAAGUCUUUCUCGUGGAACUCGUCGCAAUCCUCAAUCCUCCCUCCUCGACUCGAGUCCCCUCUCCGCAGCUGCAGAGGCACGCCGGUCGUCACCGGGCGGUCCAGGUGCCUUUUCCCGUGCUCGAGGCCGUAGCUCUACAUUGGCACCACCGGGGACAUGGCAUGAUCCUGGCUCAUCGCGACACUCCUCCGACUCUAAUGAUACCGGCCUUUUGAACUGCAUCUUCGGCAGCAGCGCCUUCAGCUAUCGGGGGUCGUCUACCAAAAUGCACAUAAUUUCCGCUGAUGAAAGCCCGGCAACCGGGGUGAGUGCAGCAUCCGCCACCGGCAGUCCACUUUCCCGGGCCUAUACCGCAGGGAAUCCCUCGGCUCCGAUAGGAGCCCGAGGAGUGGACGACAAGCCACCUUCCAAAGUCACGGUUCUCUUGACUCGCAUGUUCAGUGUGAAUCUUCCCGAAGGAGCGGAGGCGUCGGCCGAACGACAUGACUACGCCAAUGCUCUUUACCAAGAGUCAUUGCCCGAGAUGGAGUUCCCAUUCCCGGAUGUUUCUAAGCGCAAGAAGAUCAAGGAGAAGAAAACACCAAUGUACGCGGUUGCAAUUACGAUCCAGAUCCCCUUGCUGCCACGCAACAAUGGACGUCCUGUCUCAAGAUUUAGUACUCCAGGCCCAGAUUCUCCUCGGCCACGGUUUUCAAGCUCGCUGGACUCCGAUCACCGCUGGCCUGGUGCAUUCUUUGACGACAGUCUAUCUUCUGCCUCUCCCCCAGCUAGUCUGGACGAGCGUCUGGACUUAUUAGUUGAUCAUUGGGACGUCAUCACUCGUACACUCUCCCAUCUCGAAAGACUUGUUCGCAACGAAAUUCUCUUUCUUUUGAAGAAGGUGGACUCUCUAUCCGGGCCACACCCAAAGCCUGCGAAGCAUCCCAAUAUGCAGCGGACCAACCAGACCAUUGUGCAUUUACCUGCUAACAUUCUAUCGGUCAAUUCGAAGCUCAAAGAAGAAGCUAUUCGCAGCUCUCGCCGGAUCGCCCUCGCUCUUCAAACCCCAUAUGUGGUCACUGGACAAAGUCGCUGGGGCGUCUGGCGGGAGGAAGGCCGUUCAAUUGUCCGUGGCCUGGGCGACAAAGAGCAGAACUUCUUCUUCUUAGUGGUUUUGACAGCAUUUUUGGGCAAUCACACCGAGUGGCUCAACAGCCUUGGCCCGGAGUGGUACCGUCGCCGCCACAACCAGCAGCACAAAGCUCAGCAGGAUGGCGAACUCAUUCUUGCAAACAGAACAGUCAUUAUAUGCCCAGAUAAGAUGACUGCUCGUCGUCUCGUGUUCCUACUAGCCGCCUUCUUGCCCUCCAAACAACGGCUGGAGCCAUUGCCUUCCCCUAUCAGGCCUGGCACAUCGCCCUCCCUGCGUGCUAUCUCUCAAAGCCCGCCGACUGUACCUAUCCUCCGCCAGGAGUCUCUCCGGAGAGCGAUCGAUAGACGAGCUCGUGCUCAGCGAAUGAUCAUGGGCGAUAAUGAUUACCACCAGCGGUCAGUGAGCGUUUCGUCUCAGGAGACAGCUCAGCGGUCGUUAGAUGGAUCUGAAAUAACUCCAACGGCGGAAAACUCAGCCUCGGCCCGCAGAGGGUCUGAUGCUCGCUCUAUCAAACCCCCGGGUGCAAAUAUGCACCGGAAGGAUGCUCGGGCCAUGAAUACGAGCGAAGCAACUACUUCUAUGAUCACCCAGAGCAGUACUGUUCCUGUUCCCCAUUUUACUUCUCAGCCAAGCCAUUCAAGUCAGGCUAGAGCGGACCGCAGUGCAGCCGAAGGCAACGAGAGCCUAGCAUCAGAGACCCUGCUAAAGAGCCUCCAACGGUGUGACAGCUCUACAGCGAGCACAAACGGCAGUAUUUCCUCGGCUGGAGGCCGCUGGGGUGGUAUUUUCUCCGGUCUUUGGAGCUCCCGUCAAGGCUCAUCUACCGGAAGUAGCGAGCCAUAUUCCCCAUCCCCAUCCGAAGCUCGAAAAGGGUCUGUCUCUACAAUAUCUGGUCCUGCUAGACGCGGAUCAACCACUUUGACUCAAAUGGUCAAGGAAGUCACAGAAAAUGAGGAUGGGCACCGGCCCGAAACAGCGCCUAGUGGAAACAUCUCAAUUCCAACUGCAUCUGUCGCUGCUCCCCACAAAACCGAGACUGCCUCGCCAGAGCCAUCAUCACUCACCAGCCAAGUUCGGGAGUCGCCUUUGAAGUUGUCAGUCCGAGCAGAGGAAGGCGUGGUGGAUGUUGACCUUCCACUUCCUGGUUUCAUGUCACUUUCUUCGUCCGGUGAUUCAACGAUUGCCUCGCCAAAGAAGACUCGAACCUCCGUCACCAGCAUGGAUGCAGUUGCUUCUACGCACAGCAGUGGCUCCGGGUUCCCCGGUACUAUGAAGGACAGCGAUGGACCGACUGCCCAUGUGGCUGGUUGGUUGAAGAAUUUCCAUGAGGAUUUCUCGCUCCAGGCGGUCCGGCCUUACGCUACUCUUGAAGCAGAAAUCAAACAGGCAAUGCGGGCUGAACCAUCCCCAUACAUCCCAUUCACAUCCGAUGCGGAUAUGAAUGGGAGAUGGGUAGAUGUUGCGACGACUUUGAUUGCAGACACUAAGGCUUCUACGGUGAAACGACUCCGCUUGCGACGUAAGAUAAUAGUGGGUCACAGCUCUGGGACUCCUCAUACUCCUUCUUCGCCUGCCAGCGCUGCCCCCCGUGGGGGUACAUCAGCCUCACAAUUCACCAGCUUCUUUUCUGGACAUGAUAAACCUAACCACGGCCCCGUCACUGAUGAGCGGGACCAGACCUUUGUGGAAGAGCGGUUCAUCGAGGAGCCUGUGAUGGAUCUCGACGGAGUUCUAGUUGAUGCUGUCGAGCGUGUCUUGGGGCAGAGCGGUUAUUCGUCAAUGGAACAGUCGCGUGCCCCUUCCCCUAACCGCGCUCGUAAAGCUGAAGAUAAGGGUCCGUCUCCCAGAGGCGAUGAAGCCCCUCCCCUUGAAGUGCCCCGUGGUGAAUGCCGCAAGAUGGUGCUCGGGGCCCUCGAAGAAGUCGUCCGCCUUGUCACCGCCGAACACUGCCGUGAAGAUGUGGACAGCACGCACGGGCUGGCCGACCGCGAGCGGAGAAGAGCACUAUCAGGUGCUGAUAAUACGUUGCGUGAAGGAAUCCGAAAGUGGCUCCUUGACGUUGAAGAAGUUUGGUGA